CCGACAUAAGAAGAAAUGUAUUGUACGUUAAAUUUCAUUAGAUGAUAUCUUUAUAUUUUGACUAAUUUUUAAUGCGUUCUCAUACUUAUGUAGAGUGUAUUUAUUUUGUUAUAUUUAGUAAUGGAAGUGAAGUGUAAACAUUGUAGAAAAGAUCUUUCUAAUAAGGAAUCAAUGCAAUUAUUAACUUCUCAUAACGAAAUAAAAAUGAAUGUGAUGGAUGUAGGAUGUGCAACAAACGAUUCAGAAUCUUCUUCGUACCUGUCGACAGAAAAUAUGCCUGAAUGGAUUAAAUGCAUAAUAAACAAAGAAUCUUGGACAAAGGGUAGACUAUAUUGUCCAAAUUGUAAUAAUCGCAUAGGUUCGUUUAAUUUUGUACAUGAGAUGAAAUGUGAUUGUGGUGAAUGUAUAACACCAGCUAUUAGGAUAACUAAUAGUAAAGUAGACAUUUUAUUUGCAAAUGAAUAA